GGAGGCGGUGGCGCUGCUCAGCGGCCCGGGGAGGGAGCCCGCCGGGGAGCCGGCGGGGGUCUGCGCGGCGCGAUGUCCGGACGGGACCCUAGCCGUCCUCGCUCCUGAGUCCGUUCGCCUGCGGGUCUCCGCGCGCGAGGAGGCAGCGGCGGCCAUGGCGGAGGCCGGGGAGCCGGGGCCGCAGGGAGCCGCUGGGGGCCCCGACGAGGAGGACGAGGAGCGGGAGCCGCUGCUGCCGAGGCCGAGCCCGAGCCGGGCCCCGCCGGGCGGCGCCGUGAGAGUCGUCGGGGGCCCCGAGGGAGGAGGGCACGACGGCGACCCCGGGGAAGAGGACUCGGCGUCCGACGGAGACGAGGAGGAAGUGCUGCUCCUGCCCGGCGGGGAGGCCGGCGACCCGGGCCGCCGGGGCCGCGGCGGGAGGGCUCGACGGAGCCCGACCUGCGAGCGCCAUCGCCUCCUCUCGGCAGUUAAUUUUGGAGGUACUUCAGAGAUGAACAUAUUCUUGGAGGAUCCAGAAUUUGCUGAUAUAAUACUGAGAGCUGAACAAGCAAUAGACUGUGGAGUUCUCCCAGAAAGAAUCUCUCAAGGUUCAAGUGGGAGUUAUUUUGUCAAGGAUCCCAAAGGGAAAAUCAUUGGCGUCUUUAAGCCAAAAUCCGAAGAGCCUUAUGGUCAUCUAAAUCCAAAAUGGACCAAAUAUUUUCAUAAGAUCUGUUGCCCUUGCUGUUUUGGCAGAGGUUGCCUUGUUCCUAAUCAGGGAUACCUUUCCGAGGCUGGUGCCUAUCUUGUAGAUGAAAAGCUUGGUCUGGGAGUUGUACCUAAAACAAAGGUGGUUUGGCUUGUGAGUGAGACAUUUAACUACAAUGCAAUAGACCGUGCAAAAUCAAGAGGCAAAAAAUAUGCUCUAGAAAAAGUACCAAAAGUGGGCAAAAAAUUCCAUCGAAUAGGACUACCCCCCAAGGUGGGCUCCUUUCAAAUGUUUGUUGAUGGUUAUAAGGAAGCAGAUUAUUGGCUUAGGAAAUUUGAAGCUGAUCCCUUACCUGAGAAUAUUAGAAAACAGCUUCAGUCACAGUUUGAAAGAUUAGUUGCUUUGGAUUACAUCACCAGAAAUACAGACAGGGGAAAUGAUAAUUGGCUAGUUCGAUAUGAAAAAGAGAGUGAUGGGAGUGAAGGUUCUAAUAAGGAAACAGAGUGGAUUACUAGUAAAGAAUCUCUUAUUAAAAUUGCUGCAAUUGAUAAUGGUCUAGCAUUUCCUUUUAAACAUCCUGAUGAAUGGAGAGCAUAUCCUUUUCACUGGGCUUGGCUUCCUCAAGCAAAAGUUCCUUUUUCUGAAGAAACUAGAGAAUUAGUUCUGCCUCGUAUCUCUGAUAUGAACUUUGUACAAGAUUUGUGUGAAGAUCUUUAUGAACUGUUUAAGACUGAUAAAGGAUUUGACAAGGCCACUUUUGAAAACCAGAUGUCCGUAAUGAGAGGCCAGAUUUUAAACCUUACUCAAGCAUUGAAAGAUGGGAAAAGUCCUCUUCAGCUGGUACGAAUGCCACGUGUGAUUGUGGAACGAAGUAAGAGUGGAAGUCAGGGUCGGAUUGUCCAAUUAAGUAAUUCAUUCACUCAGACUGUGCAUUGUAGGAAGCCUUUCUUUUCAUCCUGGUAGCAGAUGUAAGAUGAAGAACACUGGUCUCUUGCCUUUAAUUAGGAAUGUUAUGUAAAAGAUUUUGCAAUAAUAUAAAUCUUUUAUAGACAGCUCCAACUGCCAAAACCUUAGAUAACUUAAAUCUUUAAAAAGGUUGCAUUUUGAAUGUAAUCAAAAGUUUACAGUUUUUGUGUCCAAAAAUUGUGGAUUCUACAUCAGGGAAUAAGCAAGUAACCCGUUGUUUAUAUUGUAUUUUUAUAAGAUAGAUAUACUUUUAAUUGUGUUGUUGCUACUUUAAAAGGAAAUUUUACAGUUUACAUAUGCUGGAAUGACUGUAUUCACUUUGGAAUUCAAAAUAUAAAAUUGUCUUUUGUUUAGUUUGACUAUGAGAAUGUGAGUUUGUGAAAUUACUCUUUGUAUUGCCCUUGCAAAUGAAGGGAAUAUCCUUGUUAAAUUUCUUCAGAUUCCAAAAUGCCUUAGGUUUGAAACUGACCCAUCUGGGUUUGAAUGCAAUAGUUAAUAGAAAAAUAAAUUAGAAUAGAUAUAUUGCAUUUUUUUUUAAAGCUGCUGUUUCUGAAACUUGAAAAAUGCACCUGAAAAAGCCCAGUCAACUUUGUAAUAGGGACCAAAAAAAAGUUUAAAUUUGCAUUUGAUUUUUUUUCUUGUAUGUCUAUUUUAAAGUUAUUUUUGGAGAAUUCUUCAUGUUACUAUUUUCUUUCUCUAACAUCAAAGAGGACUUGGUAUAAUAAAGGUGCAAAAUUCAGUUUGAGAGUGAAAAAUGAGGGGUUAUUCAUUGACUAGUAUAAAAACAAGUCUCCAGGUACUUAAGCUUUGAAGUAUUUAUCACUCAAUGUUCAUUUACAUGUCUUGCUUAGGAUCUAAGAACAGGCUGCUUUUGUUAAUAAUGAACUUUUUAAAAUGAAAAAUUGUGCCCCAAAGUAUAUGACAUUGCAUUUGGGGCCCUACUGUGUACUGAGCCUUUAAAGCAGCUUAUUUUUUAAAAAAUAAUUUAUGCUAUUUGAUAUUUCAGUUUGUAUUCAAAGUCAGUUUUUAAAAAUUCUCUGAACAAGCGAUAGAGGCAAGUUAAAUAGAUGAUCCUAAAAUCAUUUACAUUUGUUUCUGAAAUGCAUUUUUAUACUUAACUGGCUGUGUCUGACACUGAGAAUUUGUAAUACUUUCAAUAAAUAUUUGCUAAAUUGAAUUAAAAUAAGCCAUGUGAAGAUGUGACAUCACUAGAAAGUCAGCUUUUACCUCCUGUACUACUUAUCCCACUGACCACCUCUCUUUGCCACUUCAUCCUGGGAAUGACCACAUUACUGUAUCACUCAGUUGGCCAUCACCAGAGCUGUCCUUUCACAUGCUUAAGUUCACAGACUUUGUUGCUCACACAGGCUGAGGGGAAGACUUCACUUGCUUGUUGUAUAAAAGAGCUUCCUCAGAUGUUGAGCCACAGUAGGUGAUAGAGAAUUCCUUGACUUUUUGGUUAGUCUCCGCUUGUGAUUCCUGGUUUGUAAACACAUUUUUGAAGCCACUGACCUCAAAAAAAAAAAAAGGGUAGGGGGGAGUAGAACCCAUUGUCUUCUUAGCACCCCCUGAAAAUUACCAAAAACAAGAACCAUCCAAGGUAGGAUAAUGUAGAGUUGAUUGUAAACUUUAAAAUGUACCCUGAUCUGUUUUUUCAUGAAUAGUAAAUGUGUUAAGUAUUAUUUUUGAAAAUUACUUUCGUUUUUCAGUAUUUCACACUUUGCUAUGUUCUAUUUUUUUAAUGGAAAGCAGAAAUUUGCUUCAGUGCUACUGUUUUAUAUACUGUAAGAGAAACUAGCACAGCAUUAGGAUCUUCUAUUUUAAAUGGCCAGGUUAUGCCUUAAAACUGAAGGAAAUAUGCAUAAUAAAUAUUUCUAAAUUCGAAAUGCAAGUCAGUGAUAUUUUGUAAGGUUUUCAGGAUCUUAGUUCUUAUGUAAAUACUUCAUUAAAAGUUUUAAGAAUGAGUAUAUUUGAGGUUGCCAAAUAGAAGACUUAAAAUAAUAAAAA